AUGUUCAGGGCACGAAUAAUUCAUAAUCGAAUAUUUUCACCGUUUUGAAAUUACCUGUUUGCAUAUUUGUGACAGUCCAUGUGGCUGGUUUGGUUGGGAGGGAGGCGAACCUCUGCCAAGAAUUAGGUUUUAACUUAUUCUUUUUUCCUCCUGGUGAAUGGUUAAAGGAAAAAGGGGAAAUGAAUUAUCACUCUUAUUAAUAUUCGUGUUCUCAUGUUCAUGCGCAAAAAGCACAUUGUUGAAAUAUCUGACUACGCAAGGUUGCCAUAAUGGAUGACAACUUCGUAAGCGACAAGGAUGAACAGUUGUUGAAACUGCUGCUGAAAAAUAGACCAACGUUCAGCGAAGAAUUGAUUGACUACUACCUUUCCUACAGCGGAUGUAGCGUAACGGAAAAGUCCUGCCUCAGAUUCAUUUCACUCAUUUUGCAUAAAUCGAUAGACAAACUAAUAGAUCAGUCAACGGUUGUGCUGCCCAACGAAGCGCCCCAUGGUAACGACAACCAGAAGUGUAAAGACAGCAGGGGUGAACUUAAGAAGGAGCUGAACUGUGAAAAACUGAUCGAAGCAUUAAAAGAAUUUGACCAAAACUAUCAAAGUGAAGAAAUAGUAAAGAAUUUCAAUCUGCUUAAGUAA